AUGAGCGAAGAGAAAGAAUCGUCAGAAAAGACGAGAACGCGCCAAGCGAGUUACGAUUCUGAAAAAAACUCUGCUCGAACGCUCUCGUCCGAAUCGGCCCUCGAGCGCCUCCAGAGCGGUCUCGAGAAACUCGACAAAACGACGAUUGAGCUUCGUCGGAGCCCGAGAAAGACGAAUGACUUGCCUGAAGAUCCUACAGCUCCUGUUUCGUUUCCUUGCAAAAAGUGCAGCUUCGUCAUUUUCACAACUUUCGCGGAUUUGAUUGAGCACAUGAUGCUUUCUCAUGAUCCGCCAGCGGAUUUGCCCGGGUUUCGGAAGAUAGAAAGAAAAAGCUACGAUUGCCCAACUUGCAAGUUUCCCUUCCCGAGCGCUUUCAAAAUGAAACAACACGCGGACAAAAAAGAAUGUUUCGAAGUUGCCGACGACGAUCAACUCGCCACUCCGACGCUUUCACGAAAAGAUAAGCGAGGAUUUCACCUCUGCCAAAUGUGCGAUUUCAAGUGCAAGGACGGCAAUCUCAUGCAGCAACAUCUCCGGGAAGGGCACUACCCGAAUCGAGAUUGUUUCGUUUCCGCUGAUCCUCGACUUCGACGGCUUGGAGAAGAGUUUCGAAAGAACGAGAUUGAUUUGUUGAAUCAGACCAACUCAGCCCUUGCCGAGCGAAUCAACAGCUCCCAGCAGCGUCGUCCCGCAAAGCCCCGAGACUCCCCCAAGAAAACUCCGCCCAGCUCGCAAUCUCCGGGCGCCGCAGCGAUUCGAAGGCUUCCACCUUUCGCCCCCUCAUCGCAAAUUGCACAAAACCAUCCCUCUGGCAUCGCGAGAGAAGAAUUUGAAGCAAGAAGGAAUCAAAAUGCCGCGGAAUCAGCGCUAGAAUCGCUCAAUCUUCUGUCUUAUCCUCACUUUUCUUCUUAUCAAAAUCUAGCUUAUCAGAAUCGCGUUCCUUUCAACCCUUUUCCGCAGCUACAGUCGAUUUCACCUCAAAAAUAUCAAAAAAUGGGACUUGCAAAUAACCCAGAAGAAACGAAUAGACGACCACUGACGCCUCCAGACUUGAUUUUUGAGCAAGAAAACGACGAUUUUUCGGACGACGAUUCAGAAGACUCAGAUGACGAGAUUCAAGCGCCAGAUGGUUAUGCGCUUCUGCCAUCAGAUCCAAAUAACGGUGAGAAUUCCUCCGACUCUGAAAACGAAGAAAACAGCGAAAACGAAUCCUCCCUUCGAUCGAAAGAUCCAUCAGAGAAAGUCGACGUCGAUGCAGUGAAAAACGUCAUGUCAAAGAUCAAACUCCCUUCUCUGGCUCUUCCAGACUGGGGAAAUAAGAUGACUGAUGAGGAUUUUGUAGCAGCGGUGAGAGAAACGAUCGCGGCAAAGGACGAAACGAUACGGAAUAACAAACAGAAACAGCAUGGAAGGAACACAAGUUGA